CGCCGCCAUAUUGCGGACCUGUCAGCGGGACGCGGCGCUGCCGCUCUUGCGCGUCUCUCCUGCAGCAGGACUAUCGGCACCACUGAGCCCUGACGAGAAGGAGGAGAAGGAGAAGGAGAGCCCAGAGCGCGCGCGUGCGUGUGUGUGUGACGCUCGGAGCGGCCCCGCGGUCGUCGUCGUCGUCCUCCUCCUCCUCCUUCUACUCUCCCGUCGGACCAAAGUCUGUGGACGGCAGGCGGAAAGCGGCAACCGACGCCUCAGCCCCGCCAGAAAAGGACAAGAUUGUGGUCCAGCUGAUGUUUUAACUGAACAAGAAGCAGAGAAGAGGGGGGAAGAUGCCGAAGCCAAUUAAUGUCAGAGUUACCACAAUGGAUGCAGAGCUGGAAUUUGCCAUCCAACCGAACACAACAGGAAAACAGCUUUUUGAUCAGGUUGUAAAAACUGUUGGCCUACGGGAAGUCUGGUUUUUUGGACUGCAGUAUGUGGACAGCAAAGGAUACUCAACUUGGUUGAAGUUGAAUAAAAAGGUAACACAGCAAGAUGUAAGAAAAGAAAAUCCUCUUCAAUUCAAAUUCAGGGCAAAAUUUUUUCCUGAGGAUGUGUCUGAAGAAUUGAUCCAAGAAAUAACCCAAAGACUGUUUUUUCUCCAAGUCAAAGAAGCCAUCUUAAAUGAUGAAAUCUAUUGUCCACCUGAAACUGCUGUUCUGCUUGCUUCUUAUGCUGUUCAAGCAAAGUAUACUGAUUACAAUAAGGAAGUACAUAAGCUAGGAUAUUUGGCCAAUGACAGACUUCUUCCCCAGCGUGUCUUGGAACAGCAUAAAUUGACAAAAGAGCAGUGGGAAGAAAGAAUACAGAAUUGGCAUGAGGAACACAGAGGGAUGCUAAGGGAAGAUUCUAUGAUGGAAUACCUCAAAAUUGCACAAGAUUUGGAAAUGUACGGAGUCAACUAUUUUGAAAUAAAGAACAAAAAGGGAACUGAGUUGUGGCUUGGUGUCGAUGCUUUGGGUUUGAAUAUUUAUGAACAUGAUGACAAGUUGACUCCCAAAAUUGGAUUUCCUUGGAGUGAAAUCAGGAACAUUUCAUUUAAUGACAAAAAGUUUGUGAUAAAGCCCAUCGAUAAAAAGGCCCCCGAUUUUGUGUUUUAUGCACCACGCCUGAGAAUUAAUAAGCGGAUAUUGGCACUGUGCAUGGGAAACCAUGAGCUAUACAUGAGAAGGAGGAAGCCAGAUACAAUUGAAGUUCAACAGAUGAAGGCCCAAGCUAGGGAAGAAAAACACCAAAAACAAAUGGAAAGGGCACAACUAGAGAAUGAGAAAAAGAAAAGGGAAAUAGCAGAAAAAGAGAAGGAGCAAAUAGAGCGUGAAAAGGAAGAAUUGAUCGAACGGCUAAGACAAAUUGAAGAACAAACAAUGAAGGCCCAAAAAGAACUGGAAGAGCAGACGAGAAGAGCUCUAGAGCUGGAUCAGGAACGAAAGAAAGCAAAAGAGGAAGCGGAACGCCUGGAAAAGGAACGUAGAUCUGCAGAAGAGGCAAAAUCUGCACUGGCAAAACAGGCUGCCGACCAAAUGAAGAAUCAGGAGCAGCUAGCAGCAGAACUUGCUGAAUUCACUGCUAAGAUUGCACUUUUGGAGGAGGCCAAGAAAAAGAAGGAAGAAGAAGCUUCAGAAUGGCAGCACAAAGCUUUUGCAGCCCAAGAAGAUCUGGAAAAAACCAAAGAAGAACUGAAGACUGUGAUGUCAGCUCCUCCUCCGCCUCCUCCCCCGCCUCCUGUCAUCCCUCCAACAGAGAAUGAACAUGACGAACAAGAUGAGAAUAAUGCUGAAGCUAGUGCAGAAUUGGCUUCUGAAGGUGUUGAAAAUCACAGGAGUGAGGAGGAACGUGUAACGGAAACACAGAAGAAUGAGCGUGUUAAGAAACAGCUCCAGGCUCUGAGUUCUGAGUUGGCCCAAGCCAGAGAUGAAACCAAGAAAACCCAGAACGACGUCCUUCAUGCGGAGAACGUUAAAGCAGGCCGUGAUAAAUACAAGACUCUUCGACAGAUCCGGCAAGGCAAUACAAAGCAACGCAUUGAUGAAUUUGAAGCAAUGUGAGAGUUGUUCCUUUGCAUAUAUGUUCUUCAUUAAGCUUGAACCACCAGCAGAGAAACACAGGCCUUUCCACAGGUGAAAGGAACACACCCCACCUUGCCAAAGCACUUAUACCAGUUUGUGGUUAAAACGCAUUUCAUGAAAGCUGUUCAACAAUCAGGCAGCCUGUACGCUAUGGCGCUCUGGGGGUGAUGGUAGCAGUUUCCAUGAUCUCAUAUCACACAUCUUUAUUCUUUGUCCUCUGAAGGACUAGCAUGGUCUCAUGCUGACAAAGCUAUUAACCCAAGCAUUGAUCAUUUGAAAGAAUACUAGUUUUUACCUUAUAAUAACUGACCACAGUUUUGGCAUGGGUGCACUUUGGAAUGUUCUUUUCAGUUUAGCGAAUUUGCAAGAAUUUUGAUAUUGCUGAAUGCAUCAUGGGUUUUAAGAUUUCCCCCCCGUUAGGUGGAAUUCUUUGGUGUUUCAUGUCCUGUCAUCAUUGAUGGUUUUCUUUGCCUGCCUGUUCACAAAGAUCUAGAUGGCAGGUAGCUGUUCCAGCACACCUUUUUCUUUAAGAAAAAGAAAAGAAAAAGUGGAACGUUACCUGUAAAAACUUUUGCUUAUAAGCUUUACUGAAGUCUUUAGUUUUUCAAAUAAAGUAGGAAAAAUUAAACUCUCUAGGUUCUCCUUCCCUUUGCACUCUGUUAGUCAUCAUAUGGGAUGCAAUGUUGGAAACCUGGACCUUUCUGGCAAGGGAGCAUAUGAAAACAUCAGUCCCAUGGAGGGGACAGUAUCCUACCUCACUACUAUAUAUAUGAUGACUGGUCUUAUAAACACCAUAUUGAAAUGCUGUGUUAAGCUGGGAUCUCCAUAGCUAAACACAACACAAAUCUAGGAGCCUUUACUCUUUAACAUUUUGUUCUAUUACAGAUAGAUUUAUAGUAUUCAAAGAGUGUUCAGCUGCCUUUUUGUCGAGUAAAAUUAUGCAUCAUGUAUUUUACUUCUUUCUUUUUUCUUUUUAAAUGUAACCUGUCACUGGUAUAUUAUCCAAUGAGAGGGAGUGAAAUGUUUGAGCUUGUCUUCUGGAUUUCUUUGUACUCAAUUAACAUUGCUGUGGGGCUCAUUUCUUAAUGAAGUCUGUGCAUAAAACAAUGCUGUCUUGCACAUCAUGUUCUCCCUGUUCUUUCCAUGUUAACUCUGAAGAUGCAAGGGAACAACAUCCAUGUGCUGUGCGUGUUCAGGGAAUCCGGUCACAGGGAUUGUGGCAGAACAGGGGCAAAUGACUUGUAUGAACAAACCUUUAGGUUGAAGUUCAAUAUGCGCUCAAUAAACAUUGAACGUGUGUUUUGAACCAAUGGUGAAUCACUCUUAUCUAGUACUUCUUGGAAUGACUAAUCAAAAUUGGGCACCUUGAGUUUGUGUUUAUAGAAACGAAACUGAAACUAUGUACCGUUUUUAUAGAUCUUUAACUAGCAGUUGGGAGAAAGAAGCUCUGCUUUCUCUGAGGAUGGUUCAGCUGUCUUCUGUUUGGUAUUAUGCACUUAAAUUUACACUUACCUAUUACAAUUGCCAUUUUAUUAAAUUUUCAUGCACAAAUUCUUUAUGAACCCUGUUGUGGGUUGUUUCUCCCCUCCCUCCCCCCCCCCCCCAAUUUAAAGCAAAUCCUUUGAGGGAGGACAUCAUGAAAGGGAAUAGUAUACAUACACAAAUUAUUUUUGGGAUAACGUUAGCUGGCUAACCUUGCAUAGACUGGUGUGCAAAUGCUGUGCACGUGCUCAAAAACACUGUUUGAUUGCCCCCAGGUAUUUCUGUUCCCAGUUGCAGAAAAUGGGGCAAAUGUAUUGCAUGUUUUCACGCAGUGAAUCAUGAGACCUCUAUUUCUACAGUGUUCAAAAAAUUUUUUUGCCAUAGCAGGUGGAAUGCUGUGCAUGGUUCUUCCCUGAAAUGUGUGCACAUGCAUUGACAUGCUAGUCUAUAAGUGUGAGGGGGGGAUACCAGUUAGAUUUGUUAAUCAUAAUCUAUAAUGUAUAGAUUAGUAUUUAAAUGGAUAUAAUCCAUUUAUAAAACUGUGUGGAUUUUUCUAAGCAACCAAGAAUUAAUAUCUGUAACAAGGAUUUUCACUAUGUGUAGAGGUGAUGGUUGUCACCAGCUGUUGGGGAAACACUGAUGCAGAGGCAGGAAGAAAAUACUUGGUGAAGUAAUUCUCAAUGUGCUUCCCCAUUUGUUCCCCCCCUCCUUAUGUUUUGUGUUGUAAAAUUAAGCUACAGUCAAUAACAUCUAUUAUUUUGGAUAACACCCAUUGGCUAAUAAUAAAGAGAAUACAGUUCAUUA